GAAUAAACCUAUUACUUGUUCCUUUGCAGGAAAGGUGGGUGUUUAGUUUUAUGUCCUCACCGCGGCCGGUUUCAGGUGAACCUGCGUUCCGGGGACGUACCGCAAGGGGGCGCUCCGCUCCCUGCCCGCCGCCGCCGCCGCCACCUCCUCGCUGCGCCGAGAGCGCAGUACCCACAAUUCACCUUCGCCGGUGCGGGCUUACCUGUCGCGGCUUGUAACCUGUUCAGCCGCUGGGCGCUGUUACCCCCCGCCAGCCCCUCCUUAAAAAACAAACUCGGAUUGGGACGAGGAGACUAGGAGCAAGGCCGACUGAGGCUCGGAGGAUCACGCACAAACCCCACUUAUAUCUCGGGUGGCGAAGUGGGUUGUUCGCGAGUGUUAUGGAUAUUAUAUGAGCGCAGUUUCCAGAUUGCCAGCCCUCGGAGUUUUGGUGAAACUGGACGCGUUUCGGAGACUGAUUCUGAAGCAAGGCGGAUUUUCCCUGUGUAUUUUUAGAUUCCAGGAAGUUACUUGAAAAAAACCACAAUGGGCAGCAAGGAGCGGUACCACUGGCAGACCCAGAAUGUGAAGGUGAGCGGGGUGGACGACAUGGUCCUGCUGUCCAAGAUCACUGAGGACGCCAUCGUGGACAACCUGAAGAAGCGCUACAUGGACGACUUCAUCUUCACCUACAUCGGCCCCGUGCUGAUCUCUGUCAACCCCUUCAAGCAGCUGCCCUACUUCACGGACAGGGAGAUUGAGAUGUACCAGGGGGCUGCCCAGUACGAGAACCCCCCUCACAUCUACGCCCUGGCGGACAACAUGUACCGGAACAUGAUGAUCGACGCCGAGAACCAGUGUGUCAUCAUCAGUGGGGAAAGUGGUGCUGGGAAGACCGUGGCAGCCAAGUACAUCAUGAGCUACAUCUCCAAAGUGUCAGGCGGGGGCCCCAAAGUACAGCAAGUCAAGGACAUCAUCCUGAAAUCCAAUCCCCUGCUGGAAGCGUUCGGGAAUGCCAAGACCGUCCGGAACAACAACUCCAGCCGUUUCGGGAAGUACUUUGAAAUCCAGUUCAGCCGCGGGGGGGAACCCGAUGGAGGCAAGAUCUCCAACUUCCUCCUGGAGAAGUCGCGAGUGGUCAGCCAGAACCGCGGAGAGAGGAACUUCCACAUCUACUACCAGCUCCUGAACGGCGCCUCAAAAGACCAGAGGGAGAACCUGGGCAUCACCACCCCCGAUUAUUACUACUACCUCAACCAGUCAGGAACCUACACUGUGGAGGAUGUGAACGACAAGCAGGAGUUCAGCGAGACCGCGAACGCCAUGACAGUGGUGGGGCUGAGCCCGGAUGAUCAGGCCACCGUCCUGCAGCUCGUGGCCGGGAUCCUGCACCUGGGCAACAUCACCUUCCAGGAGCAGGGCAACUACGCCGUGGUGGAGAGCGAAGACUUCCUGGCCUUCCCGGCCUACCUCCUGGGAAUCGAGCAGGGCCGGCUGAAGGAGAAGCUGACCAGCCGCACCAUGGACAGCAAGUGGGGAGGCAAGUCGGAGACCAUCGACGUCACCCUGAACACCGAGCAGGCCGCCUUCACCCGGGACGCCCUGUCCAAGGCCCUCUACUCCCGGCUCUUCGACUACCUGGUGGACGCCAUUAACAAAGCCAUGCAGAAGGACCAUGAGGAGUUCAACAUCGGAGUGCUGGACAUCUAUGGCUUUGAGAUCUUCGAGAAAAACGGCUUUGAGCAGUUCUGCAUCAACUUCGUGAACGAGAAGCUCCAGCAGAUCUUCAUCGAGCUGACGCUGAAGGCCGAGCAGGAGGAGUACGUGCAGGAAGGAAUCCAUUGGACGCCCAUUGACUAUUUCAACAACAAGGUGGUGUGUGACCUCAUAGAGAGCAAAGUGAAUCCCCCGGGCGUCAUGAGCAUCCUAGACGACGUGUGCGCCACCAUGCACGCCAAGGGCGAGGGGGCGGACCAGACGCUGCUGCAGAAGCUGCAGAUGCAGAUCGGCAGCCACGAGCACUUCAACAGCUGGAACAAGGGCUUCAUCGUGCACCACUACGCCGGCAAGGUGUCGUACGACGUCAGUGGAUUCUGCGAGAGAAACCGGGAUGUGCUGUUCAGCGACCUCAUCGAGCUCAUGCAGAGCAGCGAAUUCCCAUUCAUUAAGGACCUGUUCCCCGAAAACCUUGACGCUGAAAAGAAGGGGCGCCCCACCACGGCCAGCAGCAAGAUUAAGAAACAGGCCAAUAACCUUGUGCAGACGCUGAUGAAGUGCACCCCCCACUACAUCCGCUGCAUCAAGCCCAACGAGACCAAGCGCCCGCGGGACUGGGAGGAGAGCCGCGUCAAGCACCAGGUGGAGUACCUGGGCCUGCGGGAGAACAUCCGGGUCCGCCGAGCCGGUUACGCCUUCCGCCGCGUCUUCAGCAAGUUCCUGCACAGGUACGCCAUCCUGACGCGGGAGACGUGGCCGCAGUGGCGCGGGGAGCAGCGCCAGGGGGUCCUGCACCUGCUGCGCUCCGUCAACAUGGACCAGGACCAGUACCAGCUGGGCAAGAGCAAGGUGUUCAUCAAGGCGCCCGAGUCGCUGUUCCUGCUGGAGGAGAUGAGGGAGAGGAAGUACAAUGGCUACGCCCGGGUCAUCCAGAAGGCCUGGCGCAAGCACAUCGCCGUGCGCAAGUACGUCCGCAUGCGGGAGGAAGGUGAGACCUGCGGCGGCGGCGCCCCCUGUCUGUCCCCUGAAGCACUACAGCAGGCUUUCCUCAGCCCUGCCUUGGGCUGCAAACUGUAGGGAUGCGAGGAGUCGCAGCGCAGUCCAGUGAAGGUUUGAGAUGAGUUUGAUUUGACGAAAACGGCCUCUUCCGGAGACCGCCCCCUUCAGUCAGUGAAGCGUGACCUCAUCUUGACCUCCAAGUUCCUCUACCUGAUUGGGCGAGAGAAGGUGAAACAGGGCCCGGAAAAGGGCCAGAUCCAGGAGGUGCUGAAGCGGAAGAUUGAGGUGGAGAAGGUGCAGUCAGUCUCCCUCAGCACCCUACAAGAUGAUUUCUUCAUCAUCCACGAGGAGCGCUAUGACAGUGUCCUCCAGAGCACCUUCAAGACGGAGUUCCUCAGCCUGCUGUACAAGCGCUACGAGGAGAGCUGCCAGCGCAAACUGCCCCUCAAGUUCAACAACCUGCUGGAGUUCAAGGUGAAGAAGGGGGGCUGGGGUCCGUUCGGGGCCUCGGGGUCCCGGCAGAUCCAGUUCACGCCGGGGCCCGGGGACGAGGCCGUGCUGAAGCCCAGCGGGAAGGUCCUGACUGUCAGCAUCGGGCCCGGCCUGCCCAAAAACGCCCGCCCGACCCGAAAGGACAAGAGGAAGAGCGUCUAUCUGGGGAGCCAGAACCCCAGCGCGGGACGGUACGCACAAGGCUCUCUCAGGAACGACGGCGCGGGACCAAGGCAGCGCGGCUCCAGGAACCCUCAGCCCUCCACCCGCCAGUCCCUCCUGCUCCGGCAGGGCAGCGUGGACCAGCCCACCCUGCCCCGGCACCGCGGGCCCCAGCCUCGGCACCAGGGGCCCCAGCCCAACAUGGACUUCAUGAACGUGCCCGAACAGGGAGUGGCAGGGUUGCAUCGCAGGCGCUCCCAAGAGACCAAGCCCGUGCCGGGGGUGGGUCGCCCCAAACCGGCCCCCAAGCCCAAACCCAAGAGCCCUCAGUGCCGGGCGCUGUACGCCUACGAUGCCCAGGACACGGACGAGCUCAGCUUCAACGCCAGCGAUGUCAUCGAUAUCCUCACCGAAGAUCCCUCAGGCUGGUGGUACGGGAGACUCAGGGGGAAGGAAGGCAUGUUUCCAGGCAACUACGUGGAGAAGAUCUAGAGAGGGCGCCCCCGUGUGGUGGAGUGGAGACACUGCAGGGGCCACAUCCUGGAUGGGCAGAGGAUGAAAAAUAGCGAGAUGCGUCUUCCUCUCGUCUUCUCGGAGGGAUUGCACUCACUCCUUCGCAGGCCUGGUAACAGUGGAGCGCUGUGUGUCAGGGACAGAAAUCUCUCUCUAAUAACUGGCUUCCUGUCUUAUUUCCCGUUUAGUGACCAAAGUGCCAAGUGUUUUGAGGUGGGCAUCUUAGAUGGCAGUCUCCAUAGCUGGUGUGGUUAGGAAAAUAAAAGAUCAGUAGCCAAAUUAGAGAGAUUUUCUGUUUUUUUUAAGAUCAUUAUUGCUAAAUUGUGGUAUUACAUUUAAAAAUCAAUAUUUAUAGGUUUUAAAAGCAAAGAAUAUUGUUUUGAGUCAGAUAUAUCCGUCUGUUCUGCUUGUCUAAAUGGUGUUGUCUCGCUCCAGUAUUUCAGUUUUGAUUUCAGAGCUUUUAAUAUGUCUGAGUAUGUCAUGCACAAGACAAAGGGAGUGUUUUUAAAUUUCCGAUUCAGUGUUGCCUGAAUUGGAUGGCAGGAGAGGAUGGAUCUGCUUCUUCAGGUUCAGCAGUAAGAGAUCCAGCACCGAGGAGCAGAUUUUUAACAGGGCUGUACUUGUUUGUCAGCGCCCCCGUGUGGCUGGUCAGUGAAACUGUCAUGAACAAAUUUUUCUCCCUAUGUUGUAUUGUUGAAUUUUUAUAAAAGCUUAACCAGUUGUGUUUUUCCACCCAUACUUUUUUUUUUUUACUUGUAAACAUGAAUUUUAAUGCUGUCCUUGUGGCGAAGAAAUCGGGCGACCUCACCCAUGUACUUUCUGGAUGUGAAAUAAUAAAAUAACACUGCACAGACUCGAAGUACUCCGUCUUCACAAAAUCACCUGCAAGAUAUCCGAUGAAGGCUCUGGCUUUUGUCCCAUUACAUUAAUUUUUCCACAUUUUUAGCUCUCCCUUUCUUCACAUGGAAUUUCCGGUUCGUUUUGUGUGUUCACCCUCCUGUUUUGAAGUGGCCAGUAUUCAGUCUGCUGGCCUCGGCUCUGCAACCCUCAUGACUCGUACCCGUGCCUCAGAGCCGGACCUGCGAGCUCUAGGGCAGCCCUGGGAAAUCCCCGGCCUUAAGAAACGGUACCCCCAAUCUCACGGACAUGGGCUCACCCGUGCGCCCCCUUUUGGAGAAUCCGUCACCGUGCGACCUGUGAUGUUCGAUUUCUUUUCUGCCCGGUACUGGAUGAGAACCGAACCUGGAGCUGGAAAUCGGAACGGCGCUGCCCGUUCAGCUCUGUCGUCUCCACGUAGGCAGUGUCUCGUACCCGGGACGAUCCCAUGGGAGUAGAGCAGACCUGGGAGCACCUCUCUCUCGUGCCGAGUCUUCGGAUCGGCACCAGCUCCCUUCGAGCCCUGUGGAGCUCCUAACGUCGGGUAGCUCAGCCAGCAGCAAAGCAGCUUCUCCCUGUGGGCCCCAGGUAACUUGGGAUACAGUUAUCCGUUCUUUGGACAUAUUGCGCAUGUUUCCUGGGAUGCAAAGCCACUGGUGGUCAACGCCGUUGAGACGGCACUCCUGACAGCCUGGGGAUGAUGCCCUCCUUCGGACCGGUUAAUCCAAAGACCAUCUUUUUUCAUAUAGCAUCUUCCAUGACGCGUCAUAUCAGUACAAACAGGGCGAGUCUGACCGGUUCGUAUCCCUAGCAGCUGUGGCUAUCUGACCUUGUAAGGACAGAAGCUCUUGUUCAUCUGGUUUCAACUUCUCGCAAGUCACUAAACACUGAAAAGUCACUGAACUUUGUUCUUCUUGCCUUACAGUAUCUUUCAAGGUGAUUAUUAAUGAUUAACAUUACAAUCUGCUGGGCCCCACUCAAACGGGAGCUCGUGCUGUAUGAAAUGUAAGAUGUUUAAAUGAAUAAUAAAGUGAAAAUAAAACCAA